AUGUCUUCUCCAAAAAAUUCAUUAAUCAAAUUAAUUGUAGGAGCUGGUAAAGCCGCCCCAACUCCACCAGUAGGUCCAGCAUUAGGUUCCAAAGGUGUUAAAGCAAUUGAUUUCUGCAAACAAUUCAACGCAAAAACUGAGGCCUAUCUUCCAGAUACACCGAUCCCAGUACUGAUUACAGUAAGACCUGAUAGAUCUUUUAAAUUUGAAUUGAAAUCUCCUCCAACAGGGUUUUUAUUAUUAAAGGCACUUGGCAAAGAAAAGGGACAUGGGAAAACAAAUAUUUUAAAUAAUGAAGGAACUUUGGGAGAAUUAUCAUUAAAACACGUUUAUGAAAUUGCUAAGAUAAAAAAAACUGAUACAAGACAUAGCACACUACCAUUAGAAGGUAUUAGCAAAUCGGUAGUAGGUGUGGCAAGAAGUAUGGGCAUUAAAAUAGUACCUUAG